UAAGCAGGUCACGUGGGUCGGAGGUUGCCGAGGCCGGUGUGUAUCCAUGACAACACUAGUGGAGGAAAGUGUCUGUCUACAGCGCGACAGAACGACGGGACUAAUCCCUCUGUCUCUCUUUCUCUCUUUUUAGUAAAGAAAAGGAUGGCAGAAACUGGUGAUGGUAAAAAAGAGGAUGCCGACUACAAAAGACUGCAAAGCUUUCCGCUCAUCAGGCACACAGAUAUGCCAGAGGAGAUGCGCGUGGAGACCAUGGAGCUCUGCGUCACAGCCUGUGAGAAAUUUGCUUCCAACAAUGAGAGUGCUGCCAAAAUGAUCAAGGAGUCCAUGGAUAAGAAGUUUGGCAGUUCGUGGCAUGUGGUGAUCGGUGAGGGGUUUGGGUUCGAAGUGACCCAUGAAGUCAAGAACCUGCUCUACAUGUUCUUCGGGGGAAGUCUGGCCGUGUGCGUUUGGAAAUGCUCCUGAUGUCACUUCCCACACAAUUGCCACUAUGAGAUAUUUAUACUCACGGACCCGUCUUAACUAUGCAACCCUAUUUGACUUGACGCGUGUGUGUGCCCAAAUGUGUGAAAUUGUAUAUGAGGAGAAAAAAGGAUACAGAUUCCUUUGCACUUCUCCAGGUGACUCUUUUUCUGUCUUAAUGUAUAGGCUUCAAUUUUAAGCUUAACACACAGAUUUUAAUAAGUUUAAUUAACUUUUUUAGCAUUUUUAAUAAACUUGAGGAGUUUAUUGCAACU